GUUGUUUGCCUUAAGGUCAGCAAGUUUUGUUGGGCACCGUAUUAUUGUUAUUUUCUAUAGACUAGGUAAACGCGAUUACAGUUCAACUCAUUCUUAGUGAUACAAUUCGGCUAUAUGGUUCAUUCAUACAUACUUAAUAGCUAUUUGCCAUAUAGAUAAUUAACGAUUUUUUUUUUAAAUUUCAAUAAUAUAGUUUAUGGUAAAUGUUUUGAGUUUUAAGUAUUGCCGUAGUGUAUUGAGUGUUUUUUUUUUUUUAAUUGCGUAUUUACUUAAACUUAUUGAAAAAUAAUCUAAAACGUUACGAUGAUUUGUAGUUUGAGUAUACUGAUGGUAUUUCAUUUUUCAAUUUUCGAUAAAUUAGAAGCUCGACCAAUGAUCUCGGAGGAAAUCGGAAUGCGUUUCAUGUUUUUUAAAAACGACUCUCGUUUGUUAGAACGGUAUAACAUAAGUGUUUUAGCUGAUAAACCAUUUGUAGUAUUUGUUCAUGGAUUCCAAUCGAGUCCCGAGAUUUGGCGCACAGCGGAAGUACGACAAACGUUGGUGGAAAGAAUGGACGUUAAUGUUAUUUUGGUCGACUGGUCCAAGUGGUCCCAGGUAAAUAAUUACGAAAUCGCAGUAAUUCGUUCACACAUUGUGGCCGCUUAUCUGGCCAAUUGGUUAAGUACUUUGCACGACCAACGUGUGAUUAAAGACUACGAUAACGUGACGUUGAUUGGUCAUAGUUUGGGUGCUCACAUAGUCGGAAUCGCAGGACGUAUGUUAGACAGUCGAAUCAAACGGAUUAUAGCUCUUGAUCCAGCUAUGCCGGGUUUUGGAAAUGAUUCUGGAAACAAUGGAGUUAACGUUGAUAGUGGACAGUUCGUGAUGGUACUCCACACAGCAACCAUGCUUUUGGGUUUAAAGGAACCUAUAGGUCAUGUAGACUUUUAUUUCAAUGGUGGAAUGCUGCAACCGUCAUGCGACUACAAGUCUACUUUUGAUAAGCUAAUUUGCAGUCAUAGUAAAGCCACUGAAUAUUUAAUCAAAUCUCUCAAAAAUCCAACUAAAUAUCUAGCCUACAAAUGUCACACGCUUGAAAAUUGUGAAAAUAUGAUUAAUGACCUUAACGAACCUACAAUCUAUAUGAAUAUUACUAUACCAAUCACGACCAGAGGACUGUACUCGGUGGUAACAUGAAAUAAACCAAUUUUCAACAAGUAAUUUAAUAAAAUGACAACCUUAUUGAAAAGUUAUCAUACAAUAGUUAUUAAUAGCUUUUCGAUGUGUUUAUUAUUACCAGCGGCCUAAAUGUGUCACCGUCAUAUAUUGAUUACCUACCAAUGUAUUAAAAACUUUGUAAGUCUCUCCGACAUAUUUUAAUCAAAUAACGCAUACAUGUGUAUAUAGUUAUGCAUUUAUAAUUUGUUUGACAGUAUAUUAUUAUUAAAAAUAUAUGCUAUCAAAUAUUUGAUUUGAGAUAACUAUCAAUCAUGACUACAAAAAAACAAUUUUUUGUAUAUUUCAACGAACAAUAAACAUAAUAUACAAAC